CGUCGUCGCAAUGUCGCCGCAUUUUCAGGCCUUCCGCCUUCUUCAAACGCUAUCUUCCAGGAGAUGCGGGCCGAUUUUCUCCCCCGGCAGAGGAACGCUUUCUUUUCGUCCCUACUCUACCGUGAACGAGAGUACUUCGUUACCUAAUGGACGCUCUGUUCCUCCUACGUUCAAGUAUAUGGAAGCGCAGGCUGGUGAAGGAAGCCUGGCCAAGUACAGCCGUUUGUUCAUUCAAGCCGAUGGCUCCUGGCUCCAAUUCAAUUGCAUGCGUUUACGAGAUGCAUGUACCUGCUCCCAAUGCGUCGACCCAUCCACUAAGCAACGCAACUUCUUGACGUCGGACCUUUCCCCGGAUGUGAAACCAAAAGAUUUAAGGAUGGAGGGCGACAAGGUGACCGUAACGUGGACGGGCAGUCUCGCUAACCCCGAAGAAGAGCACGUUUCGACGUACACCACAAGACAACUCCGGAAUUUAAAUACCCCUCGACCUGCGCGUCACUACCGCGGUGGACCGACAAAAAUUGUGUGGGACAAGGCAACCUUUGAGAAAAAUCAACACUGGAUCUCCUUUGAUGAAUAUAUGAACGAUGACGUGAAGUUCGGGUUAGUCAUGCGCAGUUUGUACAGAUAUGGCCUGGCCUUCGUCAAAAACGUUCCUGAAUCAACCGAGAGCGUGUCUCAGAUUGCGACGAGGAUGGGACCGUUACGCAAUUCGUUUUACGGCCUCACCUGGGACGUUCGCAGUGUACCAGAAGCCAAAAACGUAGCCUACACAAAUAAAUUCCUUGGAUUUCAUAUGGAUCUUCUGUACAUGGCCGAUCCCCCUGCUUAUCAAUUGCUGCAUUGCAUGAACAAUUCCCUUCCUGGCGGAGAGUCCAUGUUUGUAGAUACUUUCCGUGCGGCACAACGUUUAUCGGAAGACGAUAGAAAGACGCUGUCUGAUGUUGCGCUUCACUACGGCUACUUUAAUGACGGCCAAAGUUACGAAUAUAGCCGCCCGACGAUCCAGCUGGAUAAAUCCGGAGAUUUAGAGUAUGUGAAUUAUUCACCGCCCUUCCAGGCUCCGCACUUCACACCGGCUGAUUACCCAAUGCAACAACUGGCCGAAUCCUUACGCAAGUUCUCAGACCUCCUGCAAGAUCCAGAAGGCAUGUUUGAAUUGAAGUUGCGGCCAGGAGAAUGUGUUAUUUUUGCAAAUAGACGUGUGGCUCAUGCCCGAAGGGCAUUUGAUUUGUCACAGAGUGAUGGCCGGAAGCGUUCUCGCUGGCUACGUGGUGCAUACGUGGAUGAGGAUGCUCUGCUGUCAAAGUUUGAUAUCUUUCGUGCCAAAAACCUUCAAGAGUGGGAUGUCGCCACGUCAGACCAGGGUGUGCAACCAGCAAUCAACAUAAAAUAGUAUCUACGCAACUGGGGAUGAACAUAAAAUUACGAUGCUGGCGGUUUUGGGGGAUAGAGAAGGGAAGAUCAGCGCGACGCAAAGUCGCGGAGCCAGGAAGGAAUAGUUACCUCUUCGAUACAAUGAAUUCGCCCAGAAUCAUAACUAUACAAAAGAUUUUGGGAUUUAACGGCUGAGUUGUGGGCAAAGAUGCAGUUGGCACUUGGCCCUUAUAUUUAUUAGAUUUGGAAAAUCACCUCUCCUGUCAUUAGCCAGGCUAUGAAGAAAUUUGCUUGGUUUGGUCUGACAAGCUUGGGGCCUAUUUUUUGCCACAAAUUAAGUUGUAUAGACUUUAUACGGGCAAGACAUUCCUUGAUUCCCAAUCAACCCUUGCACCGUUUCCUUUUUUGGUUUUAGGAUCCCUUGUACUCCAUAUUUGCUGGAGAAAUAGGGUUCUGCCCUGUACACGGAAACAUAUUCCCUUCUUAUAAACUACAGGCAUAUAAUUGGUUCGAUGAG